AUGUCGCGUCUCGCGCGCGACGCCGCGGCGGCGCUCCGGCGAGGUCUCCUCGCGACGCGCCGCGACGCGACGGCCGCGGCGUCCACGUCCGCGGCGACGGUCUCGCGCGGUCGUCGCGCGCGCGCGGUGUCGACGACGACGACGACGUCGUCGUCGUCGUCGUCGUCGGCCGCCGUCGACGCCCGCGACGCCGACGCCGACGCCGCGGACGAGGACGCCUGGGAGACCGUCGUCGGCCUGGAGCUCCACGCGCAGGUCGCCGCGGACACGAAGCUGUUCUCCGGCGCCGCGCGACAGUACGGAGCGCGCGUGAACGCGAACGUCGCGCCCUUCGACGCCGCGCUCCCCGGAUCGCUCCCGAGCGUCAACGCGCGCGCGGUGGAGCUCGCGACGAGACUGGGCGUCGCGCUCGGCGGGGAGAUUCAUCGCGCGUCGCGGUUCGAGAGGAAGCACUACGCGUACCCGGACCUGCCGCACGGGUAUCAGAUCACGCAACGGCGCGAUCCGAUCGUCCGCGGCGGGCGCAUCGACGUCGACGUCGGCGCCGGCGCGACGCGGCGGCUGCGUAUCGAGCAGAUACAGCUCGAGAUGGACACCGGGAAGAGCGUCAACAAAACGGGCGGCGGCGGCGGCGGGACGACGACGACGACGAUCGACCUGAACCGCGCCGGGUGCGCGCUCGUGGAGAUCGUCACGAGACCUGAUCUGAGAGGGGGCGAGGAGGCCGCGGCCGCCGCGGAGGCGUUUCAGAAGACGCUGCGGUUCUUGGGCGUCGGCGACGCGAACAUGGAGGAGGGGUCCCUACGCGUGGACGUCAACGUCAGCGUGCGAAGGCGAGGCGACGGUGGCGACGACGGCGCCGCGCUCGGCGAGCGGUGCGAGGUGAAAAACUUGAACAGCUUCAGAUCGAUCGCGUCCGCGGUGCGCUUCGAAGCCAGGCGUCAUCGCGAGCUGAUCGCGCGCGGGGAGAAUGUCGAACGCGAGACGCGGUCGUUCGACCCGGCGAACGGCGAAACCGCGCCGCUCAGGCGCGAGCAGACGUUGGACUAUCGGUUCACGCCCGAGCCGGACGUGCCGCCGAUAGUGUUGUCCGACGAGUACGUGGCGGCGAUCGCGCGCGACACCCCGGAGCUUCCCGACGUCGCGAUUCGUCGGCUCGCGGACGUCCGCGGCGACCACGCGCUGCCUCUGAAGCUCGCGACCGCGGUCGCGACGCACGCGUCGACGGCGAGGUAUUACGAAGCCGCGCUAUCGGCGGCGAAGAGAAGCGCCGCGCCGCGCGACGUCGACGUCGACGCCGCCGCCGUCGCUCGGUUCGUCGUCGGCGAGCUCACGGGCGAGGUGAAGCGAGCGUCCGUGGCCGGGCGCGUGGAGCCGCUCCUCGGACUCCCCGCGCGUCUGAGCCCCGAGCGCGUCGGCGAGCUCCUCGCGGCGGUCGCCGCCGGGGAGACGACGGCGCGGAUGGCCAAGGCGCGUCCUAUGGGGUGGCGCGACGUCGUCGACGCGCUGUUCCCUCCCGUCGGCGACGGCGAAGGCGGCGGCGAAGGCGGCGGCGACGCGGCCGUGGAGGCGAUGUGCCGAGACAUCGUAUGCGGGAUGCCCGAGGAGGUGGCGUUAUUCAAGGCGGGAAAGACGCGGCUCAUGGGGAAGUUCGUCGGCGAGGCGAUGCGACGGACCAACGGUCGCGCGGAUCCGAAGGUCGUGUCGCGAGCGUUGACGCGCGCGCUGUCGGAGGAGGUCUAG